AUGUUGGAUAAGCUGUUGAACACCUAUUUCGGAAUGACGGGCGGAGAUUCGAAUAUUCCGAAUGGCGCUGAAAAUGAUUUAGCGGAUCAAAGCAUCACGAUCGGCUUGGGACCGAUUGCGAAUUUGUUUCUCACGCCAUUUCUGAUCUUGCUGCCGUUCAUGCCGGUUGCAGUACCACUGUUGAUCAUGCUCUUUGCUUUCCCUGGAAUUUUUGGUUUGGCCAGAAGAUCGGACGGUAUUUUCUCGUCUUUUUUCGGCUUUGCUGACACCGACGCCGUGGCCGAAGGGACGGAAAAUCAGAGCACGGCAUUUAAUUAUCCCGAAGCGGAUUCGCCCAUUUUUGCAAUUGAUGAUUACGUGGACGAAAAUUUUAAGCAAUUCAACAGCAAGAAUGGCGGACAGCCUUAUCAACAAGGAGCGCAGAAAACAACUCAGAAACAGAGAGGAAAUAAGUGCCGGAACAUCGUGAAGUUCAGUCAAGAGUUCAACACGUACCAUGAAGACUCGGUUCGUUUUGUUCGCGGUUCUUGCACUAAUACUUACACAAAGUUGAAGGCAGCUUUGCUGAAUGGUUACGACGCUGAUGCGCGACCAGGAAGUCCUUCGACAGCAGUUCCGUUGGAAAUCGGGAUGUACAUAACCACUCUACGAAUUGAAGAAUGGCAUUCAGCGCUUCAUGCGAACGCGUUCCUGUCACUGCAAUGGACUGAUGAACGUUUGCAAUGGUCUCCUGAGGAUUUCUCGGGAAUCAAAAUCCUUCGUGUUCCGCCAACUUCAAUCUGGGUGCCCGACGCAUCCCUUCAAAACGAGCUUCCCUCGUUCACAUUUGCUACAAAGGCGGAAGAAAAAUUGGUUCUGAUCGACAGCAAUGGAACAGUUCUCUGGGUCCCAAAUGUAGCCUUCAAAUCAACGUGCAAACUCAAUUUGGCAAAUUUCCCGGUCGAUGAGCAUGAAUGCUCUUUGGUUCUCGGCUCUUGGACUUACGACAAGUCCGAGAUUGAUAUUAAACUCGCUGCAAAA